UUUUCUCAAAGUUUUAGUGAUGCUUUUCAAGUUUGUUAUCAUAAGUUUGAUCUUCAUUAUGUCGAACGCAUUGGGUUUGUCAGAUCCCAACAUCUUUGUYCCGRUGGGUUGUUACCGUGAUCUACAAGCAGUACCCAGGCCAUUACCAGAACUUAURUACAAUUAUCGUCUUAACAACCAGAUUGAUUGGACGAAUCUUAACAAGUCAGUAAUAGAGCGAUGUGCACAGGAAGCCCGUAGAAAGAACUACCUGUACUUUGGUGUUCAGUUCUAUGGCGAAUGCUGGAGUGGACCUAAUGCGCAUGACACGUACAUGAAGGAUGGUGUGUCUCGUUGCUGUGUCGCGGGCGUUGGAAGAGGGUUUGCUAACAUGGUUUAUCGAUUGGUUGGUGAAGAAAAAGAAUGCGAAAACUAUAUCAUCCUCGAUUCUGCAAAUCGGUCUGGUUCGUAUAAUACAAGCAAUGCAGGCGAGCUGCUCUGCGACAAUAAAUUCAUCGAUGUCAAUAAAUGGUACAGAUUUGACGGGGAAGCAGGCAAUGGGAUAGCCGAUUUUGCCAUUCCGARAAAACAAAAAUGCCAAACUCUGAUAGGAGGGUGGUCUAGUGACAAGCAUCCCAAUGUUACCCAGGGGAUCCGCCCAAUCCAUGCUUGUUUUGGCCCAAACUGUGAGGAUAAGUCUGCCCUUCAAG